GAGAGAGAGAGAGAGAGAGAGAGAGAGAGAGAGAGAGAGAGAGUGGAGAUGGACACCGACGCGUGCCUCCGGCAGCCGGAGCCAUGGUUCUUCUCGCUGGCCAUCCUCGGCGCCCUCUACGUCGCCGCCUUCGCGUGCCGCCUCUUCCACAUCUCUGGCCUCGCGCUCUGCCUGUGCCAGCCCAAGGACCUCCGCCGCAGCUACGGGGCGUGGGCCGUCGUCACCGGACCGACGUCCGGCAUCGGCCGCUCCAUGGCCGUGGAGCUCGCGCGGCGCGGCCUCAACCUCGUGCUCGUCGGCCGCGAUCCCGCCGCGCUCCAGGACGUCUCCGAUACCGUCUCCAGUGCACACGGCGUGCUGACCAAGACCGUGCAGUUUGACUUCUCCCUCGUCUCCACUCCUCAAGGGGACGAGGCGAUGGGGCGGCUCCGGGAGGCGGUGGCGGGGUUGGAGGUGGGGGUGCUGGUGAACAACGCCGGGGUGGCGAAGCCAGGCGCGGUUUACCUGCACGAGGCCGAUGCGGAGGCGUGGGUGAGGAUGGUACGGGUGAACCUGUGGGCGAUGACGGAGGUGACAGCGGCCGUGCUGCCCGGCAUGGUGGAGCGGGGGAGGGGCGCCAUCGUCAACAUCGGCUCCGGCGCCGCGGAGGCGCUGCCCUCCUACCCGCUCUACUCCGUCUAUGGCGCCAGCAAACAGUACGUUGCUCAGUUCUCCAGGAGCCUCUACGUUGAAUACACGGGCAAAGGAAUCGAUGUGCAGUGUCAGGCCCCGCUAUAUGUGGACACAAAGAUGGUGGUUAGCAUGGUAACGUGGGGAGGCUACGUGUCGCAGGUGGUCAUGCCAACGCCAGACGCGUAUGCCGGUGCAGCUGCACGCUGUAUUGGGCACCGUUACCCGUUUUGCCUGCCCAACUUGGGCCAUCGGCUGCAGAUGUGCUUCAACCAAUUUGUGCCCGGCCGCAUCCUCGUUGUGCUUUGCUUCCGCGAGACCCUUCAACAGAGGGCCAUGCAUCUGCCAAGGUCAUAAGAGCAAGUACAAUAGUAGGCUUAUAGCCCGCUUACAUGAUAAUUUUGCCUAUGCGGAGAAAAGAGACAUGAAAAAGUGAGGGGCAUAAGCUCUCAUGCAAGAGCCUAACUAUAUGCGUAUUUCUAGGCCAAUACAAUAAAUAUGAAUAAUAACGCUGCUAUGCACA